UGAUGUAGGAAUAGUUAUUUUUUCUUUCUUCACAAACGCAUGCACGCUGUUAUCAGUUGUUGAUAACUGAUAAGUCUAAUCUCACCAAAACAGAAAAACGUGUUUUCAAAAUGUUAGUUAAACACGGUUCAAUCUUCAAUGCUGUCUCAGUGUCUCGCCUGUCUCUUCACUCUUGAAAUGGUUGGAAUCUUUUUUUAUACUCAUAAAUUGUAACUUCGUCACUUCGACGCUCAUUCAGUUUUUGGGUGUCGUUUUCGUUGUACACCUUGAUUGACAAUGGCCGACGAAUUCGAUAACAAAAAAAAAGAACACAGAAAACCGCAUUCUGGCAGAAAAGCUGAAAAAAAAGUCUUAAAGAAAAAAUUGGAUCAAGAUGAAGCUUCUGCCAGAAAAAGGAAUCCGAAAGCAUUUGCUAUUAAUUCUGUUGUUAAUGCUCAAAGACGAUUCAGAAGGGCUCAAGAUUUGGAUACCAAAAAACAACAUAUACCUCUUGUUGACCGUACACCUUUAGAACCUCCACCAAUUAUUGUUGCUGUUGUUGGACCUCCAAAAGUUGGCAAGACAACAUUAAUUAAUGGCAUAAUAAAAAAUUUUACUAGACAACCUCUCACUACAAUUAAUGGUCCUGUUACCAUAGUAUCUGGUAAAAGGCGACGUAUUACAUUAAUUGAAUGCAAUAAUGAUAUAAACAGCAUGAUUGAUUUGGCCAAAGUAGCUGAUCUUGUUCUCCUUAUGAUUGAUGCUUCAUUUGGAUUUGAAAUGGAAAUAUUUGAGUUCCUUAAUAUUUGUCAGGUGCAUGGAAUGCCUAAGAUAAUGGGUGUCUUAUCUCAUCUUGACAUGUUAAAAAAUAACAAAACACUUAAACGUACAAAAAAAUUACUCAAACAUCGUUUUUGGACUGAAGUUUAUGCUGGUGCAAAAUUGUUCUAUUUGUCUGGUGUUCAUAGAGGAGAGUAUGUUCGCAAUGAAGUUAAAAAUUUAGGAAGAUUCAUUUCUGUUAUGAAAUUUAGACCUUUAACUUGGCAAACGUCUCAUUCCUAUGUCCUGGUGGAUCGUAUGGAAGAUCUUACACCGCCAGAAUCAAUUCGCCAGAAUGUUAAAUGCGAUCGUCGAGUUAGUUUAUAUGGAUUUGUUCGAGGCAUUCCAAUGAACAAACAGAGUAGUGUUCAUAUACCAGGUUGUGGAGAUUCUCCUAUAUAUGACAUGUGUUAUCUUCCUGAUCCUUGCCCUCUGCCUGAAAAAUUAAAGAAGAGGAGUUUAGUUGAUAAAGAGCGUCUUGUUUAUGCACCAUUUUCUGGAGUUGGUGGAAUUGUAUAUGACAAAGAUGCCGUAUAUGUUGAACUUGGUGGAAGCCAUUCUCAUAGUAAAAUUAUGAAUAAUACUCAAGAUGAUACUCCUGGUCGAGAAUUAGUAAACAACAUAGUGGAAACUCAAGAUACCUUAGAUCAAAAAAUUGACCGUAGUGAGGUUCAAAUUUUUUCUAACACUGAACCAAUUGUUUCAACUGAUUUCGUAGAAAAUAAUGAUAAUGAUAAUGAUAUGGAAGAAGCAUUGUCUGUAACAAAUGUAACAGAUCCAAAUGAUGGUCGAAAUCGACGUAAAGUCAAAUUUCGUUCUGAUGAUAUGAAAUUUUCAGAUCUUGAUGAAUCUGAUACUGAAGACGACGACGAUGAUGAUAUUGAUAACAAUUCUGAUAUUGAAGAUAGUAAUCCUGUAAGUGAAGAAAAUAAUGAUUCUGAUUCAGAAUGGACAGACUCUGAAGAUGAAACUGAAAACAAAAAAGUUAAAGCUGACAAUUCGCGUUUUUAUGGACAAUCAUUUGGAAAAGAAAAUGAAAUCAGAAAAAAAAUUGCCAAUGAAUUGGCAAAAUUAGACAAAAUCAACCAAGAAUCAAAUAUUAAACCCUGGAAUGAACAAGAACAAGAUUAUUCUGAUGAUAAUAUUGAAUAUGAUGAAGAUUCUGAAACUGAAGAUAAUAGUGAUGAUAUCACUAGUGAUGACGAUAGUGAUAAAGAAGGCAAUAUUACAGCUGAAGAAAGUGAUGAAAAUGAGGUAGAUAAUGAAGAUUCAAAGGUCAGUUUAGUAGACAAAUCAUCUAAAAACAACUUUCAAGAAACAGAAGGAGAUUCAUCGUUAAAUUGGAAAAAAAAUUUAUCACAAAAAGCAGCUAAUGCAUAUUAUGAACGACAAAAUUCGGUUGCUAAUCUAUGGAAAUUAGUUUAUGGUGAUGAAGUUAAUGAACAAAAAAAUGAUGAUAAGCUUAAUGAUGAUGAAGAUGAAUUAGGUGGUCUCUUUCGAAUGUCUUCUAUGAAGAAUAUUAAAAAACAAAAGGAAAAAGAAGACAUGAAUAUAGAGGAUGUAUCCAAAUUUAAUGUUGAUCAUCAUCAUGACUGGAGUUUAUCAGAGGUUUGUGGUAGUAUAAAAGACAUGUUUGUAACUGGUAAAUGGAGUCGUGAUGAAGAUGCUACAGCACUCCUUGAAGAUGAUAAUGAAGAAUUAUAUGGAGAUUUUGAAGAUUUAGAAACUGGAGAGAAAGUAGAGGGCCAAGAUUUUGAUUCUGAUAAAGAUAGUGUUAUUGAAAAACCCAAUAAGCCAUUAACUGAAGAUGAAUUGAUUGAAAAAAAGAAAAAAUUAAAAGAGCAGUUUGAUGAAAACUAUGACGAUAAAGAAGGAGGUCCAAGUACAUAUUAUGAUGAAUUAAAGGAAGAAGCUUCUAAACAAGCACAACUUAACAAAAGCCAGUUUGAAGGAAUGGACGAUGAAAUUCGUGUACAACUAGAAGGUUAUAGAUCUGGAAUGUAUGUUCGAGUAGAAUUAGAUGCAAUGCCGUGUGAAUUAGUUAGCAAUUUCGAUCCAUCUUACCCAUUAAUUAUAGGAGGAUUACAAAGUGGAGAAGAAAAUAUUGGAUUUUUGAAAGUACGAAUUAAGAAACAUAGAUGGUAUAAUAAAAUACUCAAAAACCGAGAUCCUGUUAUCAUAUCAAUGGGUUGGAGAAGAUUUCAGACAUUACCAAUAUUUUCUAAACAAGAAGAUAACAUGAGACAUAGAAUGCUUAAAUACACACCUGAACAUGUCAUGUGCAUGGCCCACUUUUGGGGUCCAAUGACCAAACCUGGUACAGGGUUUUUAACUGUUCAAAAUGUUUCUACCCAACAGGUUGGUUUCAGGAUAACAGCUACCGGGACAGUUGUUGAUACAGACCAAUCAACCCAAAUUACUAAAAAGUUGAAAUUGACUGGCACUCCUUUAAAAAUUUACAAACGAACAGCAUUUAUUAAAGACAUGUUUAAUUCUACUUUGGAGGUUACCAAAUUUGAAGGAGCUCGUAUUAAGACUGUUUCUGGUGUUAGGGGUCAGAUUAAAAAAGCUUGCCCAAAACCAGAAGGUUCAUUCAGAGCAACUUUUGAAGACAAAAUUAAAAUUAGUGAUAUUGUAUUUUGCCGUACAUGGUACAACGUUGAAGUUCCAAAACUUUAUAAUCCAGUUACGUCGUUGCUGUUACCUUUGAACGAAAAAAAUUCUUGGCGUGGUAUGAAGACUACAGGACAACUAAAAAGAGAACAAGGCAUUAAAGGACUUCCAGAAAAUGAUUCUUUGUAUACUCCAAUACAUAGAAGUAUGAAACAUUUCAAGCCUCUCAAAUUGUCCAAGAGCUUGCAAGCUCAGUUACCAUACGUAGACAAACCCAAGACGUUGGCUACAGCUAAAUUAGACUUGAAAAAACAACGUGUGGCUGUGGUUAGAGAUGGUCAUGAAGAGCAAGUUGCUUCUUUAAUGAAGAUGAUUCGCACCACUUAUAAGGAGAAGAAACGAAAAGAUAGAAAAGACAUGAGAGUGAGAGUUAGACAACAUAAGAAGGAUAUUCAAACAGAAGUAAGAGCUAAAUAUAAGAGAGAUCAACAAAAGAAAAAAGCUGUUAUGAGAAAACGUUCUAAAAUGUCGUCUACUAAAUAAUUUAUAUUUAGUCCAUUGUUUACAAUUUUUAAGUCGAUAUUUUAAAUCUUUUAAUUUUAUUUAAA